UGGUGGUCACUUCCAUUUUAUCCCGCCCAUCAGUUCUACUUUAAGGUUCCACAAGCCGGGGAGGAGCUCACUCUGGGCCUGAGCCUGGGCAGCUAGUGCUCACCACACCUCUAAGUUUGGUCAGCCCCGCCCCUACUCUUGGCUUCUAGGGAUCAGUUAUUCCUAUUGGCUAGAGACCCCAUCGGUCGAUAGAAAGAGGGCGGUGAUUGGCCAGGGGGCGGGCUCUGCUUCCCGGCGGGGUCUUGCGGAGUUGGCGGAGUCUCCUUAGGGACCUGGGGGGCCGAACUGCGUAGAAGAGGGUGGCGGGGAGGAGAUCGCUAAGUGGGAAGCGGAACCUGGGGCCUGGGACCCGUCGCGGCAGAGCCAGGCUAGUGAACCGGAGUAAACGACUUCCGAUCCACUCCGCGCUACAGCAGCACCCUUUUGGGAUUUGAUUUGCAGCAUCUUUGAGCUGGUACCACAAAAAAACCCGGCGAAGAACGCCUAGCCACUCCUGGCACCUCGAGACAAAUCCACUCCUUCUUAGGGACACAGCUGGGCGCGUCCACACCCCCGCAUCCCCUACACCAUGUUGUGCGGAAGGACUUCCACUCCCUGCCUGUGUCGUUGAUGUCAGACCCCAGGCCAGCCUCCGGGCUCUGCAGUUCUCCUGGCUAAUGCUGCUGCGGCUGUGGCUUGGGCUUUAGUACAUAAGCCAGCCGCCGCCCCCCCCCCCGCCCGCCCGCUACCCCCACCCCCGGCCUCAGCGCCCACAGUCUGCAUGUGUGUGCGGUAGCCGGUUGCCCAUCCCGCCGCCCGUGUUCCCCUGGAGCUCUGGAGACCACCGCAGGGCUUUUCUCUGCCCGUGGGAGAAGUGGCCUUGGAGGAAUUGAUUUCAGUGGUUGGAUUUUUCUCGUGGAUCUAUCAAUUCACAAUUCGAAUUUGGAAGAAAGAAGGAAAACAUGACGUCUCCAGCCAAAUUCAAAAAGGAUAAGGAGAUCAUCGCAGAGUACGAUACUCAGGUCAAAGAGAUCCGGGCUCAGCUCACAGAGCAGAUGAAAUGCCUAGACCAGCAGUGUGAGCUCCGGGUGCAGCUAUUGCAGGACCUGCAAGACUUCUUCCGCAAGAAGGCUGAGAUUGAGAUGGACUACUCUCGCAACCUGGAGAAGCUAGCCGAGCGCUUUCUAGCCAAGACAAGAAGCACCAAGGACCAGCAAUUUAAGAAAGACCAGAAUGUUCUCUCUCCAGUCAACUGCUGGAACCUCCUCCUAAACCAGGUGAAGCGGGAAAGCAGGGAUCAUACCACCCUGAGUGACAUCUACCUGAAUAAUAUAAUUCCUCGAUUUGUUCAAGUCAGCGAGGACUCAGGAAGACUCUUCAAAAAGAGUAAAGAAGUUGGCCAGCAGCUCCAAGAUGAUUUGAUGAAGGUCCUGAACGAGCUUUAUUCGGUCAUGAAGACAUAUCACAUGUACAAUGCCGACAGUAUCAGUGCUCAGAGCAAACUAAAGGAAGCAGAAAAGCAGGAAGAGAAGCAGAUUGGUAAAUCAGUCAAGCAAGAAGACCGGCAGACCCCCCGCUCCCCUGACUCCACAGCCAACGUCCGCAUUGACGAGAAGCAUGUCCGGAGGAGCUCAGUGAAGAAGAUUGAAAAGAUGAAGGAGAAGCGACAAGCCAAGUACACAGAGAAUAAGCUGAAAGCCAUUAAAGCCCGGAAUGAGUAUUUAUUGGCUUUGGAGGCGACCAAUGCAUCUGUCUUCAAGUACUACAUCCAUGACCUGUCUGAUAUUAUUGAUCAGUGUUGUGACCUAGGCUACCAUGCCAGCCUGAACCGGGCCCUGCGCACCUUCCUGUCUGCUGAGUUAAAUCUGGAACAAUCAAAACAUGAGGGUCUGGACGCGAUUGAAAAUGCAGUCGAAAACCUGGACGCCACCAGUGACAAGCAGCGACUCAUGGAGAUGUACAACAAUGUCUUCUGCCCCCCUGUGAAAUUUGAGUUCCAGCCCCACAUGGGGGACAUGGCCUCUCAGCUCUGUGCCCAGCAGCCAGUCCAGAGUGAGCUGCUGCAACGAUGCCAACAACUGCAGUCCCGCUUAUCCACUUUGAAGAUUGAGAACGAAGAGGUGAAAAAGACCAUGGAAGCUACCCUGCAGACCAUUCAGGACAUCGUGACUGUUGAGGAUUUUGAUGUGUCUGACUGCUUCCAAUACAGCAAUUCCAUGGAGUCUGUCAAGUCAACAGUCUCAGAAACGUUCAUGAGCAAGCCCAGCAUUGCUAAGAGGAGAGCUAACCAGCAAGAGACGGAGCAGUUUUAUUUCACGAAAAUGAAGGAGUACUUGGAGGGUAGGAACCUCAUCACCAAGUUACAGGCCAAGCACGACCUCCUGCAGAAAACCCUGGGAGAAAGUCAGCGGACAGAUUGCAGUCUUGCCAGACGAAGCUCAACCGUGAGGAAACAGGAUUCCAGCCAGGCAAUUCCUCUGGUGGUAGAAAGCUGCAUCCGGUUUAUUAGCAGACAUGGCCUACAACAUGAGGGAAUUUUCCGAGUGUCUGGAUCACAAGUAGAAGUGAAUGACAUAAAAAAUGCAUUUGAGAGAGGAGAGGACCCCCUGGCCGGGGACCAGAAUGACCAUGACAUGGACUCCAUAGCUGGUGUUCUCAAGCUUUACUUCCGGGGCCUGGAACACCCACUCUUCCCCAAGGACAUCUUCCAUGACUUGAUUGCCUGUGUCACAAUGGACAACCUGCAAGAGAGAGCUGUGCAUAUCCGGAAAGUCCUUCUGGUCCUGCCCAAGCCCACUCUGAUUAUCAUGAGAUACCUCUUUGCCUUCCUCAAUCACUUAUCACAGUUCAGUGAAGAGAACAUGAUGGACCCCUACAACCUUGCCAUCUGCUUCGGGCCCUCACUGAUGUCAGUGCCAGAGGGCCACGACCAGGUGUCCUGUCAAGCCCACGUGAAUGAACUGAUCAAAACCAUCAUCAUCCAACAUGAGAACAUCUUCCCAAACCCCAGGGAGCUGGAGGGCCCCAUCUACAGCCGAGGAGGAAGCAUGGAAGAUUACUGUGACAGCACUCAUGGGGAGACUACCUCUGCUGAAGACUCGACCCAGGAUGUGACAACAGAGCACCACACAAGUGAUGACGAAUGUGAGCCCAUAGAGGCCAUUGCUAAGUUUGACUACGUAGGCCGGACAGCCCGAGAGCUGUCUUUCAAGAAGGGAGCGUCCUUGCUGCUUUACCAGCGAGCGUCGGAUGACUGGUGGGAAGGGCGGCACAACGGAAUAGACGGCCUCAUCCCCCAUCAGUACAUCGUAGUCCAAGACACCGAGGACGGUGUUGUGGAAAGGUCCAGCCCCAAGUCUGAGAUUGAGGUCAUGUCUGAGCCACCUGAAGAAAAGGUGACAGCCAGAACGGGGGCCAGCUGUCCCACUGGGGGUCAUGUAGCUGAUAUUUAUCUUGCAAACAUCAACAAGCAAAGGAAGCGUCCAGAAUCUGGGAGCAUCAGAAAAGCAUUUCGGAGUGACAGCCAUGGGCUGGGCAGUUCUCUGACUGACUCCUCCUCCCCGGGGGUGGGGGCUAGCUGCCGUCCAUCCUCCCAGCCCAUCAUGAGCCAGAAUCUCCCCAAAGAAGGGCCAGAUAAGUGUUCCAUCAGUGGCCAUGGGAGCCUCAACUCUAUCAGCCGCCACUCGUCCUUGAAGAACCGGCUGGACAGUCCACAGAUCCGGAAGACCGCCACAGCAGGAAGAUCAAAAAGCUUCAAUAACCAUCGGCCCAUGGACCCGGAGGUCAUUGCACAGGAUAUUGAAGCAACAAUGAACUCUGCCCUGAAUGAGCUUCGAGAGCUCGAGCGGCAGAGCAGCGUUAAGCACACCCCUGAUGUGGUUCUGGACACCUUGGAGCCCCUCAAAACCUCCCCAGUGGUAGCCCCCACAUCUGAGCCCUCCAGCCCUCUACACACCCAGCUCCUCAAGGACCCUGAGCCUGCCUUCCAGCGGAGUGCCAGUACUGCUGGGGACAUUGCCUGCGCCUUCCGGCCUGUCAAGUCUGUCAAGAUGGCUGCUCCAGUCAAACCACCAGCUACACGGCCCAAGCCAACUGUCUUCCCCAAAACCAAUGCCACUAGCCCUGGUGUCAAUUCAUCUGCUUCCCCACAGUCCACUGACAAGUCUUGUACUGUCUAAUGGGUAUAACGUAAUUGUUCUAGACAAGGAGACUGACCGUUAUAAAAACCUUCCUAUUUAACUAGCUUGGGGACUUCAGUUGAAAGUUAGCUUCUACGUUGUUCUUACAGGAAUUAGCCUUCCCGUUACCCCACCCUGAAGAAUGAAGCCUUGUUACUGCUUUUCCCUUUCUGGUCCUUCCCUCCACGCAUUGCUCCCUCUGUUGUAAUCCAACCAGCUCCAGUACAUGCUGUUCUUAGGUUAGUCAGAGACAAGUUUUCCAUU